AAGCGCGUUGCCAGGGGGCGGGGCUAAAGGAUUACCGCCGCAGCCUCUCCGCAGAUCCAGCCAACAUCUGGAGCAUCUUUCCCUCAGCAGAACCGCGUUGUUGCCGAGCACAGCCCGCCCGGACAGGACCUGGACCUGGUCUGGAGGCAGCCUCGCUAAAUCCCAGACCAGGAGGAGGACGAUGGACCGUGCGAAACCGACACCUGAGCCGUUCUAGGCCCAAAUGGACGCUAUAUAACCUGGAUUGAGUUUUGAGUCUGGAAUAAACCCUCGGCGUUCGGAGGCUCAAACGGAUUAAACGAAACCGAAUUGAUCGGAAUUCCGCUCAGGAUUAGGCUGAUCCUGGUUUCAAGUGGACUAGCUCCGCCUGGUCCCGGACACAGUUCUGGUUGUGUGGUCACCAUGCCGACGUCCCGGCCCGGUUCGGAGCCGGUGGAGUUCUGGGUGGACGGUUCUCGGAGGGACGGGACGGUGGAGGAGUUUUACACCCUGAGUUCCGAACUGGGCAGAGGAGCGACGUCCAUCGUGUAUCGCUGCGAAGAAAAAGAGAAGAAGAAGCCGUACGCCGUCAAAGUCCUGAAGAAAACGAUCGACAAGAAGAUUGUUCGGACGGAAAUCGGCGUCCUGCUGCGCCUCUCCCACCCAAACAUCAUCCAGCUCAAAGAGAUCUUUGAGACGGACACGGACAUCGCCCUGGUUCUGGAGCUGGUGACCGGAGGGGAGCUCUUUGACAGGAUCGUGGAGCGCGGCUACUACAGCGAGAGAGACGCCGCCCACGUCAUCAAGCAGAUCCUGGAGGCCGUGGCGUAUUUACACGAGAACGGCGUCGUGCAUCGCGACCUCAAACCAGAGAAUUUACUCUACGCCGACCUUUCGCUGGACGCGCCGCUCAAGAUUGCCGACUUUGGUCUUUCUAAAAUAAUCGAUGAUCAGGUGACCAUGAAGACUGUGUGUGGGACACCAGGGUACUGUGCUCCUGAGAUCCUUCGAGGGAACGCAUACGGCCCAGAAGUGGACAUGUGGUCAGUGGGCGUCAUCCUCUACAUCCUGCUGUGCGGCUUCGAGCCCUUCUUCGACCCGCGCGGGGACCAGUACAUGUACAGUCGCAUCCUCAACUGCGACUACGAGUUUGUCUCGCCCUGGUGGGACGACGUGUCGCUGAACGCCAAAGAUCUGGUGAGCAAGCUGAUCGUGUUGGACCCUCGCAAGCGCCUGAGCGUGCGCCAGGCGCUGCAGCACCCGUGGGUGCUGGGCAAGGCGGCGCGCUUCUCGCACAUGGACACCACCCAGAGGAAGCUGCAGGAGUUCAACGCUCGCCGCAAACUGAAGGCGGCCAUGAAGGCCGUGGUGGCCACCAGCCGGAUGCACGAGGGCUCGCGGCGUCGCACCGACAGCUGCGAGAUGGCGGCGUCGGCGACGUCACGGCAGAGCAGCGUGCAACAGGACCCGCCUCCUGAGACUACGGAGCCCACCCCCAAAGACAAGGAGGCCACGCCCUCAGACAGUCAAACCACGCCUACGGACAAAAGGAGCUCCUCCCCUUCUCGCAGCCCCGAACCGCUCAAGCUGGACGCUCCUCCCACUGAGCCCGCCCCCUCCCGACCGCCGCUGCGGACCGACGGGCUGCGGCAGGCGUCUGUCGUCACCAAGUCCAUGCUGGUCUCGCCCAGACCUCCUCAGAAAAGCUACUCGGUGGUCCUCCCCGCAACGAGGGCUCAGGCCACGCCCCCCAGUCCCAACAGCCUCAGCAAUGGCUAUGCAUCAGGGGCGGAGCCUGCCAGUAAGACCUCCCACUGCCAAUGAGCCCCUUUAGCUCGGCUCCCUCGCACAGAGACGCUAACAGAGAAGCUUCCAGAAGAAAGCACUGCAUGGACGCUAGCUACUUAUGUAAAUAUACUUUAGCUUCACGGACAUUUAAUUUGACUUCAAAGUGCAUGAAAUCAUAUCAAAUAACAUAAUAUAUCACCUUGGCUGACGCUGUCAGUUUAUGUUUUAAAGCAGGGGUGUCCAAACUUUUUCUACAGAGGGCCGCACACGGAAACAUUUAAGCAUGCGGGGCCCAUAUUGAUAUUUUUCAUUUUCAAACCAUAACAAAAUAUAUGGAUUUUUUUUUUUUUAUCCUUAGGGCUGCUGGGGAGCAUAGAGGGUCACAGUCACUAAAAUGUUACAAAUAAGUCAAAUUGUUAUUAUUUUUAUUUUAUUUAAUGCUUACAGUAAAUUUCUAUAUCAAUUUGAGGUUGAUAUAAAGUAAAACAAGGUUUUAUGCCUUUUCUGUCAAAGACAACUUAGUUUUUUAUAGUAAAACUGAAAUAUGCAGUAUUUAGAUGGUAUUUAUAGUACUUUAUUGAUUCCUUCAGGAGAGUUCCUUUAUUUAGCAAUUAAAGCCCUCAAAGAUCAAUAAUGCAGGACACCAUUGAUUUUAAUUAUUUAAUAUUUUGGAGUAAUCACAGUGAAAAGUUAAAUAAAAUAUUACUAAAUAUAUUUGAGCUCCGAAAGGUUCCCCACUCAAAAAGUGAUGCAUUUUCAUUAGUUUCUUUUUUACUUUUAGCACUUAAAUUUCAAGAUCAACUUCCGAUAUAUCCGUCGAUUUUAAGUUUGAACUUUGUUUUAUGCUCUUUUGUCAAAACUUUGAUGUUUUUAUAUGGCAACCACACAACACACCGUAUUUCCUUGAAUUGUCGCCGGGGAGCUAAUUAAUUUAAAACCUCUUCUCACUCCUGCGCUUACCAAAAGCAUGCGGUAAAAGUAAGCACGCGCUAAUUAUUUUAAAACCUCUUCUCACUCCGCCAGUUACCAAAGGCAUGCAGUAAAAAUUUGAGUGUGAUGUAAGCUUGGACCUUAAAUCCUACUGAACAGCUCUCAAUCUUCUUCCAUUUAUGCGAUUUCAAAUUACCGGUAUGGAAAUCAGCCUCCUCCAUUUUGAAAAUGAUGACAGGGGAAGUGUCACUCGUGACGUGACGAGUUUGACCAGGCGGUAAAACUAAGCAUGUGCUAAUUAUUUUGCGAAGCGAGUUUGACCCGGCAGUAAUUCAAGGCAGGUGCAUACUAUAUACGUACACUGCGGCAAUUCAAGGAAAUACGGUAUGCAAUAUUUUUUCUACAUAAAACAUUUUAAAGUGAUCAUUUUUAAGUAUUAAUUCAUUAUAACAUAGAUUUUUUUUUGUCCUUUUUUUUUUGAGCAAUGGAAAAAAAAAAAACGGCCUGCAUGGCAGCUUUGUGUCAACAUUGCCACUUUUUCUCAUUAGAUUUCACCUCAUUCCACUUUUAAAAAAAAAAUGUUUUUUCAUUUUUGCAAUACUAUCAAUUUUGCAAUUUUUGCAGAAUAUGUGGCGGGUCGGUAAAUGAUUAGCUGCGGGCCGCACUUUGGACACCCCUGUUUUAAAGGUUACGCUUCUUUAAAAGAUUGUAUUCUUGACGCCAUGGUUAGCACAUUAGCGUUUAGCUUAGCCUCAGCGCUCACUCUGAGGCCCAACAGCAACUUUUCGUGGUCUCGUUUGUCGUGUUUCCCGUCACCUUCUGACGCUCAUCUUGGCUUUCCUUAGCUUAGCAGACGUCCGGUUCCGGGAGACUUCCUGGUUGCGUGGCGGCGGGUGCUGCUGAUGUAAACAGGAAGUCUUUGUAAACAAGAAUGACUUCUUGUUCCAUUUUCAAAAUUACUUUAGCAUAGCUUCACUUUAGCCACAUUUGAUGCCUGGCUAAUUUCCUCGGCGUGUUUGGAACACUUCCUGUUUACAAUGACAACCACUUGGACUUACUGACGCAUGCUGGUUCGCAUAUCGUUAGCAACAUGCCCUUGUGUCAUUGGUCACAUGACUUCCUGCUUAGCUACACGUUUGCAUGCAGAGGCGUUGGGGUAAAUAGUGUUUCUGUGUGGUCACAUGACACAGACGGGAAGUGACAGCAGUAAAGUUUCCAUCAUUACAAA